GCAAGCAGAACCUGCAGAAGAAAGAUAUUCCAAAUAGAAGAACAAAAUGACCAUUUCAGUACUUAAUUCCAUAAUCUUCUUUACUUCUAUUUUUCAUCUUCUGUUGCCUCCGAUCAGUGUUGUGAUGGGUAGUUCUUCUCCUGGCAACUGUGGACCCAUCGAAGCUGAUGAUAGAGAUCGGAUUCAAUUUGCACUCAAUUUGGAAUUCCUGGAAGCUGAGUUUUUCCUUUAUGGUGCACUUGGUAAGGGACUUGAUGAUAUUGCUCCAUACUUGACCCAGGGCGGCCCUCCUCCGAUCGGUGCUCGGAGGGCCAAUCUCGACAUCCUUACUCGCCGGAUUAUCGAGGAAUUUGGGUAUCAGGAAGUUGGUCAUCUAAGGGCUAUUAUCAACACAGUAGGUGGAUUUCCAAGGCCUUCAUUGGAUUUGAGAGCAGAAAACUUUGCAGAGACUUUUAAUCGAGCAGUUGGUUACAAGUUGUCCCCUCCAUUUGAUCCAUAUUUGAACGCAGUGAACUAUCUCUUAGCAUCCUAUGUAAUCCCUUACGUGGGAUUAGUUGGCUAUGUAGGCACCAUUCCAAAUUUGUACAAUUACACCAAUAAAAGGUUGGUGGCGGGGCUUUUGGGCGUGGAGUCAGGACAGGACGCAGUAAUACGGGCAUUACUAUACGAGAGAGGUGCUGAGAAGGUGGUGCCAUACAACAUUACAGUUGCCGACAUGACGGACCGUAUCUCGAAACUUAGGAACCAGCUUGCGAUGUGUGGAAUCAAAGACGAAGGUCUCAUAGUACCAUUGGAGCUUGGUGCGGAGAAUCGUACUACAAGUAACAUCUUAUCAGCAGAUUCCUAUUCACUCUCCUAUUCACGGACACCGCCGGAGAUUUUACGGAUAGUGUAUGGUAGUGGCGACGAGCGCAAGCCCGGUGGGUUUUAUCCUAAAGGAGGGAAUGGCAGAAUCGCAAGGGAAUUUCUUCACAAACCAUAAGAAUGUCAUCUAAUUACUACUCACUAUAUCACUAUAUCGAUUACAUACAAAUACAAUUACAAUAAAUCGUAUGUAUGUGAGCAUAUAUAUGUAUGUGUGUUGCCAUAAAUAAAUGAGAACUGCCUUGCAGUUUAAUAAUAUAUACAAGUUUUUUGCAAUGUAAAUGUAGUACGUUGAUCUACUUUGGGAGAGGAAUGGUUUCCUAA